AUGAAUUUGAGCAUCAAAGCUCUUUUUUGCUGGGUUAAAGCUGCAACAGGAAGUGGCGAGGAAACUCACAUUGAAGAUUUGCAAAAUGGGGAGAUCUUACUCAAGCUGGUCCAUCUAUUAAAGAAGUCAAUUCCCAGUUCUUGCCAUUGUGUUGAUGAGCGUUUCAAAAUAAUUUCAAACUUUAUUAAAAGUGAUUGCAGAUUUAACGCACUGAAUGGAACUCCUAUUGAAUGGGAAGCGAUUAAAGACGGCAGAAACCUCUCUGUUGAAAUUGCAAAGGUCAUUUUAAUACUUGUUUAUUAUGACAUGAUGAAUGACCACUGCACAUUGAAAAAGCUUGAUUGUGAUGUCGAGCGUCAGAUCGCAGGUUUAACUUUAACUUAUGUGGAGGAGAAUGAAGGGAGUGUCUCUUUGGUGCCCGGUUUAGAUGCCCAUUUAUCUAGAAGGCACUUGACAGUUUCCCAUAAUAUUUUAGAAAAGUCUGCAACCGUUUCAACUACCACUUCAGUUUCCAGUCUGUCGUCUUUAUAUGAUGAUGAUGAGUCCCCUCUUUUUGGUCGUUCUCAAAAAGUCAAAUUUUUGGAUUUGCAAAAAGUUGCCUCAUCUUCAGUCAGCUCUUCGCCUAUACAAGAUGUUAUGAACACGCCCGUUUUCCAAAUGAGAAGAAUGAAACGGCAGUUAAUGCAAGACCGUGACUACAUAGAUGGUCUUGAAAAGGAACUCUCCAACAAACUGGCACUAUUGUCACAGAGGGAAUCUCUAAUAAACCAGCUUCAGUAUUGUUUGGAUAAAUUAAAAGAGGACCGUGGUGUUGAUGAACAAAGCACAAGAGCGCGAAUUGAUGAGCUGGAAAACAAGAAAAACAUGCAAUCGUGCUUGGAUGAUUUUCUGAAGCAGAAUAAGGAACUCAAGAAUAAUGCUGCAAUGAGUGAUCGCAAAGUGAAUGAACUUGCAGAAGAAAAUGGUGUGCUUACUUCCCAGAUGAGGACAGUGUGCUCCCGGUUGGCCAUCUCUGAGGCAGAGGUUGGCAAGCUGACAGAGGCCCAUGAAUCCAAUGAAGCGGAGUGGCAAAGCAGCAUUUCCACUUUGCAGUCAGAGCUUUGUGAAGCCAGGGCACAGAAGGAACUUUAUGCAGAACAGAUUGAGAUUCUUCAAGGAAAGAUCUCCUGCUUGAAAGAUGAAAUUGAUAGAUCAACACAAGAAGAAGGAGAGAACAUGUGGAUUUCAGUUGAGAAACAAUUACUGGAGAGCAGAAUUUGCACCUUAACAGAAGAGUUGGAGAACGCCACAAACUCUCUUGAGAAAAUUGAAGCGGAGGUUCAGGCCAAGACGCAGCAACUGAAGGCGUGUGAGCGUGAGAUUUCUGACCAGAAGGAGCUUUUAAUUCAGAAACAGAACCAAAUUGAUCAAUUGCUUGAGUCGAAGAAUGAAGCCAUAGACAAACUUCAGAAGGAAAUGGCUGAAAUGGGAGAAACUUUGCAGCAGGAGAUACAAGCGCUUAAACUUCGACUGGAAGAAGCAGAGAAACAGAAGCAGGAACAGGCCACCAGAGCUCAGCUGGUGAAAGCAGAGGAGGAUGUGCAAAUCAAGGAAAACCACUUUGCUUUAAAACAGGAUCAAGUAGAGGGACUGCUGGCUCAGGUUUCUCAAUUUGAAGAUGAAAUCAAGCGCAUGCAGGGCAACCUUCAAAGAAAAGAGGUAGAAUUGUUUAACCUUAAAAAGGAGACGUUGAAGCAUGAGGAACAGCUAAAAGAGGAUUAUCUCAAACGGUCAGAGGAGCUUGACUAUGAAAUCUCUCGUCUCACUCUCCAAGUGAAAAGUCUACAUGAGUCUUUGAAUAGUACUGCAGAACAGCUAACUGUCAAAGAAGACUUGCUGGCCAGAAAGGAGACUGAGCUCUCUCAGGAAACAGAUGCAGCUCAGAAACUCAAGGCAACAGUUGAUGAGCUGAUAGUGCUUAGACAGCAGCUGCAAGCCAAAGAACGAGAGAUGAUUACAUUGAAAGAUGAGUCGGAUGAGCAGUCAAACCUGCAACAAGAAGAGAUCCAGAUCAUGAAGAGCCAACUUGAGGAUAUGGCCAAAACAUUAAGGUGCUCAGAAGAAGGAAAGCUGCAGAUAAUUUCUGAACAACUGAAAAGUGCUCAAGAGCAGGAGCUACUACAGGAACAACUUUCACAGUGUCAGAUUGUUGUUAAACAGCUAGAGAAUGAGGUCGGUGCAAAAGAACGAGAAAUGGCACUUAACUCUGAGCAGUCCAAAGCUUUAUGUUUACAGAACGAGGAUCUUCAGAAACGACUGGAGUCAUUGGCUUCAUCCUUGGAGGAUGCACAGGAGAAAAUGCAUUCCAAAGAGUUGUUACUUAUUCAACAUCAGCAAGAAGCCAAACAAAAACAAGAGAACCUGAUGCUCAAAGUGGAGCAGGCUGAAAAAGAGACUUUGGAGCUCAAAGUUAAAAGCAGUCAGUCCCAAUGUGUAGAGUCCCUGAAGAGUCUACUCGAGGACCGUUCUCAGAACGCUGCAGCCAAAGACGAGCAGUUUCGUGGACUCCAGUUGGAGUCAGUACAGAAAAUUGAGGACCUUAAGCAAGAACUUGUCUCGGUGGCUGCAGAGUUGAACCAGCAAAAAGAAAUGAAUAUCCAUAUCCUCAGACAAAAGGACGAAACUAUAGAAUCUACUCAAAUGGAACGAGACUCUCUUAUUAAGCAAAAAGCAGCUCUUGAUGCAAGAGUUCUUGCUGUAGAACAACAACUGGAGGGCGCAGUCUUGGAGAACAAAAGACUUUCUCAAGCUAAACAGGCCUUUGAAAGAGAAAAUUAUGCUGCACUGAAACUGCAGGCUAAAUUGCAGGAGGAACUACAGGUUCUGAAACGGGACAAUAGCAUUCUUCUAAAUGAAAAAGAAAAAGUAAAAGAUGUUGAGGAGGAAGACUUGCUUCAGCAGCUGACUGCGAAAACAACUGCUAUGGAACAUUAUAAAGCCCAGAUGGAAAAGGCAAUGGAUCACUACAACAGUAAGAAGGAGCUUUUAAAAAAAAGUGAAGGAGAAGUGGCAAAUCUGAAACAUGCCCUGGAGGUUCAGGGGAGUGAACUUAAAAAUGUCACUCUGGAAAAGAAGCUUAUGCAAAUGGAGCUGGAAAGAAUCCAGAGCAAUGAAAAAAAACUCCUGAACAAGAUUGCCAGUUUGGAAGCACAGCAAAGCUUUGCUGAUAAGGCUCUUUGCGAACAAAAUACCCUCCUGAAUGACCAUAAGGCACAAGGGCGUAGGGCCUCUACCCUGGAAGUUGCUGGAGACCGAUUUGGUAUAAAAAGAUCCAAGCCACAAAGCAUCAGCUCCGACAGCCUCGACCAGAGCUCUCUCGAUGAUUCACUGAACGACACAAGAAAAUUGUCUGCUCCCGAAUCAAGCACACCGCUCGUCCGGAGUUCAGAACGCCUAGCUGCUAAACGGCAUGUUCUCCAGGCCGAGUCGCUGGAGACACUUUACUUUACUCCCAUCAACACAAGGCACAGGAGCAAUACAGGCACCAAGCCAGAAGCGUCUGCCAAGAGAAAUUCUGCUUCAUCUGUAAAGAGGCGAAGGACCACACAGGUUAUAAACAUCACAAUGACAAAGAAAACUCCUGGCCGUAAUGAAGCGGACGAGACAUUCUACAGCUUGGCGUCUGCACGCUCUCAGCCGAACCUCUCCAGUGCUCAUAAAGUCUCCACAGAACUUUUCAACACACCUAAAGCAGCAGAGUCUGACCAGCUCAUCGGUCUCCCGGGUUACAGACGCAGCACCAUCCAUUCACAAGCUACAAGCACGUUCUGUGUUGGAGCAGAAAAUGAACCAGACGGUGGACCCGAGGAUUGGAUGCGAAUUGCUGAGAUCCAGGCAAGAAACAAGGCUUGUCUUCCACAUCUGAAGAGCAGCUAUCCGUUGGAGUUUGAUUCUGUUCGCAAUAGUGCUUUGAUUUUUACUGAUGAAGAACUUCGCACUGGUGACCCCAUUGAGACCAUUCGGCGUGCUUCUGUGAUGCCCGGGCAGCUGCAGGACUCUCUGACCUCUCAUAGGCUCUCGUACAUGGGUCAGAGUGCUAACAUGGCUCCAUCUCUGUCACGACUCUCCACAAUGCCAGGCCAAGUAAACUCCACGCUCAGAAGUCCAAAAGGCAGCAAGCGGGCUGCGUCUACGCUGUCUCUACACACUACUUCACCUGAGAAAAAAACAAGAGCCAGCUGUUUUCCGCGUCCGCUCACUCCUAAAAACCGAAAUGUUAGUGGUCCAGCGUUUCCUCACUGCCAAACUGCCCCCAGUCCAGCUGAUCGUAGACAAUCAAUGAUGUUCACUAUUGACAACACCCCUAAAAAAGACGCACGAAAGGACCUCCUGAAGAAGGGCUUAAACAAACUUCGAAACUCCACACGGAAAUCUCCAGGCAAGAGUUUGAAGUCUCCUGCACAGUCAGCGAGCCGGCGCGGCCAAGAGAAUGUGCCUACGAAAGCUGGCCGCCCAGCUGUUGGAGGGGCAGGCAGACUUGGAAGCCAGAAAUCUCCCCAGGUGCCAAAUAAAGGACAACGAAAGUCUCCACGAGGGCCACAAAGGGCUGCAAAGUCUCCUGGAAUCACAGCGAGUGCUCGCAAGAUGAUGAGCAGGAUGAAAGUCUGA